GAGGGCGGAAGCAGCUGAGGGCAAUUGGGUUCGAGUGGAUGUUUUUUCUGUCCUUUGCACAAACACGUGGGCUCCUGGGAGCUUCCCUUGCUUGUCCUGGGGUCCUCCUUCCUGGUCCUCCAGGCCUUGCCCAGGGCCUCUCCCCGUCCCUCUGCCACAUUUCAGGAAGCUGAGAAUGGCUUGGAGUGAAGGGGGAGACACAGUGUCCACAGCACGUCACAAGUUGAAUAAAUACUUUCACUUCUCAUUUCCCCAUUUGGGCGGAGCCGUCCCUGGGUACACCAGCCUAUUGGCCGAUAUUUUGCUCAGAGCCCGGGCUGUUACCCUGGACCCAGGCCAGGCAGAGUGCAGGGAUCGGAGGCCAGGCCCUGAGGAGGCGAGGGCCACGACCUGAGCACCAGGAUGGCCACAGAAGAGCAGAACAUAGAGGACAGGCUUAUCUGUGACCGUAUAUUCACUCACUUCAAAAAACAUAAGGUGGAGAUUUCAUGUGCAAUAAGAAAGACAUUUCCAUUCCUUGAGCGCCUCCGUGACCAUGAAUUCAUCACAGAAAAAAUGUUUGAAGAUUCUCAGGAAUCUUGUAGAAACCUGGUCCCUGUACAAAGAGUGGUGUACAACGUUCUCAAUGUGCUGGAGAAGAAUUUUAACCUAGAAGUUCUGAAGAUGCUGUUCAGCAAUGUCCACAUGAAGGAAUACCCUGAUUUAAUUCCCAUUUAUAAAAGCUUCAUAAAUGUGCUCCCAGACAAAUCUUAUUUACAAGAAAUUUCUGAAGAAGAGAGAGAGGAAGGGCCCAGCAGCCAACUGAGCCUUGAACAAGGAACUGGUGAAAAUGUUUUUCAAAACCUGUCUGGACCACACUCGGAUUCCUCCUUUUCCACUGGUACAACCCCACCUGAGAGUGGACUCUUGGAGCACCUCCGUGAAACAGAAAAGGCAAACACAAGGAGACAUGACAUGACCAGAUACAAAAAUGAUGCACUAGGAGGCCAACAAGCAAAUCAACAAUGUGCCCAAGAGCCUGAGCCAGCAGGGUUAGAGCUAUGCAACACAGGAAUCCAAAUUAAUUCCUGUUUUGUGCGUCUGGUGGAUAUAAAGAAAGAAGAUGAGCAGCAAGCCCAAGCAGGAGCUAACCAUAACCAGGCAUCUGACAUAAUAGUUAUCAGCAGCGAGGACUCUGAAGAAUCUAAUGAUGGAGACAAGCCCCCAAGAGUCCCCCUCUCACCACUGGAAAGUGAGCCCAGUGAGGAAGUGAUCAAUGUCUGUGACUCUUCAAAAUCAAGUGAGACAGAGGAGAUCCAAGAAGCCACUUGCUCACGACCCAAGAUUGCAUUAGGACAUGACCUUGACUUUUCAGAAUCCAGUGAGGAUGAGACGCCCCCGAAAAUCUGGAGCUCAGCACCGAGAAGUGAAUGUGGUCAGAAGGAUCCUGUGAAUACUAGAUACACAUCUGCUUGGAGGAUACUCAAAAGGAAAUUGCCACAUAGGUCUUCAAGUCUUCAAUGCUUCAAGUGGAUCAGCAAUAGUGACACUUCAGAGCUGAGUCAUGGAGAAGACACUCUGGACAUCCGCAGCUCAGCCCUAAGAAGCGGGUCAGGAGCAGAGCUACAAAGACCUGAAAAGGAGAAGUGUUCCUGUGUCAUGUGUUUUUCAAGUGGAGAGCCAAGAAGUCAAGAAGCAACAGCAGAAAGUAGCCAAACACCUGACAUGAUGGAUACCACGGAUGCUGGAAACAAUUCUGCUUUGGAAAAGCACAGUAGAAAAAGAAGGAGAAGGAGAGGUAGACCUAGAAUCAACUUUUUUCUGAGUUAUAGAUGCCAAAGGAAAAGAUAUCAACUAAGAGGGAGAAAAAGAGCCAACCCAGGACCUUUGAAAAGAAGAAGAGUUUCAAGGUUUCCCAGAGAUGAAAGUAUGAAUUUUCUACUUCCUGAACUUCCUGUGACCUGUGGUGACAUAAAGGGGAUUCUGUAUAAGGAGAAACUGAAACAAGGAACCUCAGAGAGGUGUAUAAAGAGUGAGACUGGAAGGUGGUUCACUCUCAGGGAAUUUGAAGUUGAAGGAGACCAUGGACCAUCCAAGAACUGGAAGCUAAGCAUACGCUGUGGUGGAUAUACCCUGAAACACCUGAUAGAGAAUGGACAUCUACCAAACACACCAAGAACAAGAAAAAAGCAGAGAAUACUGAAGUCUCACAACAAUACCUUACGUGACCCUUGUCCAGAAAACUCGAAUAUUUGUGUGGUGUGCAAAACAUGGGGAAAGCUGUUCUGCUGUGACACCUGUCCAAGAUCCUUUCAUGAGAACUGCCACAUCCCACCUGUGGAGACUGAGAGCGCACACGAGAAGAAUGUGAAUGUGAAGUCCGGGGUAGGAGUGCCCCGCUGCACGUCCUAUGCUGUGUGUUUGGGUGGAGGUGAUGAUGUGCAGGAUGCCAAAGAGAUUGGAAAGGUAUGUGGGUGGUGUUGUGGGCAGAAUUGCUGUGGUCAGGAGGAUGAUCUCUACUGGGAAUGUGUCUGUCCCUCUGAGAACAGAGCAUUGUCCUUCCAUAAUGGAAGAGGCUAAUGUGAUCCACCUGCUCCCAGGAUCUGAGUAAACCUCUGCUUUUGGCCAGCUGGGCAAUCUGCAGAGGCCGAACACAGAUCAGCUUUUUAGUUGAGCGCAUUUAUAGCUACCCAUGUCUAUACCAUGAGCACUCUGCAAGGGCUCCUUGAGCUAGCACUGGGUGGCCAAGGAGACGCUGAUAUCACUAGGAUAGGUGUUGUGUUCACCUGAUUAUUGAGAGCCUCCCAGCACAGAGAACUUGGUAGAUAAUGUUGGAAAUGAAUUUGGGGCAAAUGGUAGAUAUCUGACAUCCUGUCAGUAGAUUUCCUUUUCAAGUUUUUGUAGCACAGAAUCUAGGUAUAGAUAUGGCAGUGCCAGAGGAGAGGAUGCCUAUAGCUGUGCCCUGUGCCUUCUUAGCAAAGUUGAGAGACAAGAGCUGGUCUCCUGAUUUUUACUAUGGUCUGGUUGACUCAUUGAAGCCCAAGAUAUCAGUGCUUAAGGUAUCAAUUUCCAAAACUCUGGCAAGCAGGGCUCAUUGUUAAGCUCCCAGUGGCUCAGAUGGGGCCCCCAAAUUUUGAGGUGAAUGAGAGUCCAUCACUUGCUGGGGCACAUUACUCCACAGACUGUCACCCCUGCCACCACUACUGAGGGAUGGACAUGCCUUUGGCUGUCAAGCAAAAUGGUGCUCUAGUACUGAGGACUCCAGGAGAGAAGUUGGAUACAAGGUGGAAACCACCAGUCAUUUUGGAGGAGUGGACUUUAGUAAUCAUAGGAAUGGUGGCUGAGAAAUACAAUCUGUCCAUGCUCCCUUUACGCCCAACCUCUCAGGGACCCAUGGAGUUGCAUCUUCUGCAAGAUAAAGGUUAUCCAGGGAAGGUGCCCAGAAAGCCAACCACAUCGCCAGGAAUCUGAGGUUCUGAGG